UAAAUGACCAUAAAGAAAGAGUGUGAAAGAAUACUGAGAGAGAAGGGGGAAGAGAUGCAGAGAGAGAAAGAGGUGCUGAAGGCAAAACACGAAGAGGAGAUUAAAGAGAUGCAGAGUAGGAUGGAAGAGCAAAGACUUCAAGAAGAGGAAGAAAGAAACCGUCGGGAAAAAGAGCUGAAAGACAAAGAAGAAUAUUUAAGGAAAGAAUGCGAAGAGUGGAAAAAAGAGAGCUAGAGGAAAAAGAAAGAAGAGGUGAGGAAGAGAAAAAGAAGGAAAAACAAGAAUUAGAGUGGAAGGGGAAAAUGGAUAAGAUAGAGAAAGAGAAAUCUAGAAUGAAAAAGGAGUUGAAACAUAGGGAAGAUGAGGAAAAAAAUAGGGUAGAAAGAGGAGAAACAGAGACAAGAGAUGAUAGAAAAACAAAGCAGAGAAAGGAAAGAAUUUGAGGACAAGCAAGCAGAAGAAAAGAAAAAUAGAGAGAGAGAGGAGCAGGAGAGGAAAAACCGUGAGAAGAGAGAAAGAAGGGAGUGGAAACAGAAAAUGAAAGACACAGAAAAGGAGAAAAAAGAGACACAAGAAGACAUGAAGAAAAGAACUGAGGAAUGGGAACAGGAAAGAAAAACAGAACAGAUAAGGAAAGAGGAACAAGAGAAGAAAAGGAAACAGAAAGAAGAGCAAGAAAGAAGAGAGUGGGGUGAGAAACAAAAGAAAAUGAGGGAUGAGUUUGAGAAAGAAAGGGAACAAGAAAGACAAAAGAGAGAAAAGGAAAGGAGAGAUAAAGAGGAAAUUGAGAGGGAUCUUGAAGAAAAGAAAAGGCAGUUGAAAAAACAAGAAGAGGAAUGGGACAAGGAAAGAAAACAGGACAGAGAGAGAAGAGAUAAAGAGGAUGAGCAGAGAAGAGAGGAGGAGAGAGAAAGGCUGGCAAGACUACAGAAGGAAUUUGAGAGGGAACGAGAAGUAGAGUGCCGGAAGAGAAAGAUGGAAGAUGAGGCCAGGAAAGAAAGAGAAGAAAAAGAACGUAAAGAAAUGGAGGAAGACUACAAAAGCAAAAUGAAAGAAAUGGAGAGGAAUUAUGAAGAAAAAGCAAGAAAACAAGCAGAGGAAUCUAAUGAUUUUAAAAAGAAAUUUAAUGACCUGGAAGAGACUUUGAAGAAGUUGAAGGAGAAAGACCAAAAAGAAAUUGAUGACUUGAAAGCGAGUGGCAAUUGUGUAAUACUGUAAAGCUGCAACAGGCAUGCUUUCCUGUGAAGGGCACUGGAACAUAACAUUACCCAAAUGGUGCAUUUCACUAAUGUGAAAUGUACCAAUUGGACAAAAAGCAGGAUUUUGAAACAAUGAAUAUCAGGAGAUUUUUUUAAUUCAUGCUUUUUCCCCUAAAUAGCUAAUCAUACCCACACUGCAAUGCUCAUCAUAACCUCAUCAUGUCGAUUUGAGAGAACUCAGACAGAACAGAACAGACACUUUCUGAAGCACGUGUUGCUGUCUUUCGGAUGAGGUUCUGACUCACUGUGGUCAUUAAAGAUCCCAUGACACGUAUCGCUAAGAGUAGGGGGUUCCCCGGUGUCCUGGCUAAAUCCCAGGUCUGGCUUUCACAAACUGCCACCAAAAUCAUCCCCAGAUUUAAUUGGCUAAAAUAUGUUCUCUCCCUCUCCACCUUCGCUAAUGUGUGGUGAGCUUUCUGGUGCAAAAUGGCUUCCAUGCAUCACCCAGGUGGGUGCUACGCAAUGGUGGUGGGUGAGGUGAGUUCCCCCUGAGUGUAAAGCACUUUGAGCAAUCAAAAGGUGCUAUAUAAAUGCUAUAAGGAUAUUGUUAUUAUAUAUCAAACCACUGCUUCUUAAGCCACAGUUUGCAAGUUGGGCUCGCUCAAACAUGAGCAAGAGGAAAACAGGGUGGCAAACUUUAGUCUUAUAGUGAUGAUAGUAUAGUAUAGUAUUCACAGACUGGGGUGGAGUGGAUGGGGGAUGGUGUAAGCAUGUGAUCUCAGUCAUUUGAGUGUGGCUCAAGGCAAAUAGUUUUUAGUUUUUUAGUUUAGUUUUAUUAUUUUUGCACAAUUUAAAAAAUACACAAAAAUGACAAAGAUAGCAAAUCAUAUACAGUGCAGGGAGAGGCAGAAAACCCAGUGGGCUUAUUUGAAGCCUCCACCUAAAUAAUGUUAAAAAUUCACAAUAUUAUAAAGAA